AUGUCAAACGAAACUAUCAAGGAAGAAUUAAACUUUGGCUUUAUCUAUGGCAAUCUAACCGUUGCUGUCUCCCAGAUUACUGAACCAGAUCUUGAAAGCCGCAAAAUGGGAUUUAUUUCUCUCAUUAACGCAACAGAAGAUCAGGAAGGAUUUGAGAAUCUCUAUCUUUCCGAUAUUUUCCACAAAUUAAUCGAAUCAUUCAACGAAUUUAACUUACAAAUUAUUGGAAUGGUUUGUGCUGCAUAUCGCCAUCUCUAUUCACUCAGACCAAGCGAAGGUGACAAGUAUGCUUCAGAAAUUCCAGUUGAUUUCCUCUUAAACCUUCAGCCAGAUCCAGAUGUUAUCCAAUUCUUCACAGCUUUAGUUGACAACUCAUUUGACGAUGUUGAUUACGCUGGUAUGUUGUUGGCUAACAGUAAUUUCCAUCAAUCCAUUGGAUCAUGGCUUGAAAAUCAAAAUGAGCCGAUUUACUCUGCCGCACUUGGUUUACUUUGUUCAUUUGCCGUUGUUGGUGGCGGUGACAUUGAUUUCAGCAUUGUUACUCCAUUUACUGACGUUUCAUAUUCUCCAAAUGUCAGAGCUUUAGCAUACUACAUUGUUAGCAAGACUUCUCCAUCCGAUGAAGUCAUUUCCGGCCUCUUCUCCAUCCUCGAACAGGCAAAUCUUGGUCAAGAUGUUUUCCAAGUUAUUGCCGACGUUUUAGAAGAAUUUCCAGACCAAUGCGAGCAAUACAUUCCAUCUCUUAUCGAUAUCUGCAUACAGAACUUCAAUAUUACCUCAACAGCUAACCUUCUCGCCUUAUUAGAAAGAUACUUAACAGAAGAGAACAUUACAAGCCUUAUCAAUGCUCUCUUCGCCAUGAAGAUGCCUCCUGUUGAGUCCCUUGCCUUCAUUUUCGAACUUAUUUCCUCAAAUAACAUCCAAUUACAAGAUAAUCAGUUAAUUUUAUUAGGAAAGUUCUACGGAACAGCUGAUAACAAGAGUCUCAUGGAUGUCCUUCAAGAUAUGUUCGUAGCAUUCCCAGAUUACAUGGUUUCUGAAGAUGCCCAGCAAAAUUACGCAAAUGCACUCGAUAGAGACUACGUUUAUUCUAUUAAGGCAUUUAAUUUUGUUACAGAGAAGUUGCUACAAGUUCCUGUUAUUCCAGACCUUCUUGAUGCUUAUCAAUCUUUUGUAUCUACUAAUCAGACAAAGCUUACCAAGAUGCAAGCACAAAUCGACGAGUUUAUGAAUAAUCAUCAAUAA